UUUGAGGGCAUAAUUAUAGUUUCCUUGUGCUGUGUACAUGAUUUUCUGAGGGAUACUUCCCUAUAGUGGCCAUCAUGCAUCACUUUCUGCACUGUCAACAUUUUAGUCGCCACAUCACUUGUUAACUUAAUCAAUAUAUCAAUGAAGACUGCUGCUUUCAGUGUGCUGAUUACUCUCAGUGCAUUGCUCCCUCUACUGACUGCUCAGGGAGUGGACUUGACCUUGCAAAGAGAAGCAUCUGGGUCCGAUGUAGUCAGAGCAGCAGUGAAUAGAAUCCAAGCUGUACUCGAUUUUGAUCGACAACUUCUGAGGCGAAUUGCUUUUGUUGAAUCGAGAGAUGGAACUGACACAGAUACGUAUCGACCUGGCUACAAUGGAGGCAUAUGGCAGGUGGAUGAAGAUAAGUUUUUAACCACUCAAGCAAAUAGUGCACUGAAUGUUGAGAGACAUGACGCCAUAAGAGAGGCGUUUGACAUUGAUUGGCCAAGUGUGCAGUGGAGGGAUUUGAGGAUUCCCCUCUAUUCGGGAAUAGCAGCGAGACUGUUUCUUUUAAACGUUUCUGAUACGGAACCUAUUCCGUGUGAUAUACCAGGACAGGCUGCUUACUGGAAGACACACUACCGAGUCUACCGUGGCAUUUAUACUUGUAAUAAGGCUGACUCGGAGGAGACAUUUAUCGAAUAUGUUAACAUCUUAGCAAAAAGAAACCCCUGUCGAGUUGUCAACGACAUUGUGAUGGUCCUGGAGGAAUCUGGAAAUGUUGGGGAGGCCAACUUUAACCGGGUGAGAGAAUUUGUUAUUCAAUAUGUGGACAGUUUGCAAAUCGGACCGAAUGACAAUCGAGUAGGUGUGAUCACAUUUGGCACUACUGCCCAGGAGCAAUUUAGUCUAGACACCUGCAGCAAUGCUACAUCCUUGAGAAAUGCUGUGGCAGAUCUUCCAUAUAGUCAAGGAGGUACUAACAUACCAGAUGCUCUCUGUCAACUUCUCCGAGUUUUCUCAACUGAAGGUCGUACGGAUCCCAGUGUGUUUAGAGUGGCCAUGGUCUUAACUGAUGGGCAGUCUACAGUAAACACUAACAACUGUGGCUAUUCAUCAGUUGCUGAAGCUGCGGCUGCUUUGAGGGCUGCCUCUCCACCUAUUAAUGUGUUUGCAAUCGGAGUCGGGUCAAAUGUCCAGAGAAAAGAUUUGGUAGCCAUUGCCAGUCAAGAGCAGUACAUUUUCAGUUCGGCUGACUUCUCACAGUUGUUGUGUAUUCAGAGUGUUCAAGAGGAACAGAUUUGCAACACAAUCGCAGCAACUGUUCCAAGAAACACCACCAACAAUGGUGAACUGGAACGUGGGGAGCAAGUCCGAUGGGAAUUUACCAUAUCUGAAUGUGGCGUGUCAUUUAAUCUCACUGUACAAGAAGGGGAUGUCGUUUUGUAUGCGUCAACAGAAACCACAGCACCAAAUGAGGCCAUUUAUCAGUUGAGAAUUGAAGUUUCAGCCACAUCCAAUUCUUUUGAGGCCAUAAACAUUAUUCCUGCAUUGGAGGACAAUGCUGUCAACUGCAGUUCUGUUGUUAAUGUCACUGUGUUUACAACUAUUGUCGGUGAAAACGAUACCAACAUAUUUACUGUAUCUACCAAUGAUCAGCUUCUAACAGAGGAAGAAGUCACCACUGACACUACUAUAAACCCCCCUGAAGUAGAAGUCACAGUAAAUGUUGCCGCUGCCAUAGUGGUACCAAUUGUGGUGAUCCUGCUCAUCGUAGGCUGUGGUAGUCUAAUACUCGUUGUCGGGUGUCGGGUGAGGUGUCGUAUAAUAAAAAAAAGAAAAAGGUGCAAAUGCUAUCAAUCCGCGCCAAUACUGGGAGAAAAAAAGAUACGGCUAACUGAGUAUACAAUACUCGGAUACUAUAAUGAGUGAAAGUAGUUAGCGAACAUGAGAGUUUUUUGAGCUGAAUAUUAUUUUAGUCAUUUGCAUGCUGUUAUAUUUCUAGCUGCUUGAGUUUUCAUAUCAAUCA